GCCCGUGCUCGGCAACUGAGUGAACCUUGAAACUACCAACCGGGACCAGUGGUGCACGAGCAUUUUCCCCUCGCGUUACCAGUGGCAUGCGUGGAGCAUUUGUAGCCAGUCUACGAUACCUACUUUAUCGAUGUGUUGAUAUCAGCCUGGAGUGAUCCGAGCGUUGCCCCGGCAUUGCAGGUGGGGACAGGCGGGUGCACUCCGAAUGUGGGCCCAAGAUGUCCACGCCAUCGGUUCUGGACCCACAGGCGACGCAAGCCAGAUCCGCAACCGAGGGCGGAACGUCGCUGCCCGCACAAGUCGAGGCGCACAAAGCACGAGAAGAAGGCGUGAUUGAAAAUCGACCAUACGUCCAAGGUACGAAACACCCAUCAACGGGCGACGGCACAUAUCCAUCCAUAUUCUCCACAUUAGGACUUUUUGUGAGCGACUCCUCACCAACACGGCAAGACCCAGGGUCUCUGCAACAAUGCUCGUCCUGUGCUACUCGAAAAGGCAUUUUGAAGAAAGUACGAUUUCUUGAAGAACCUAGGAUUCCUUCAUCUCCUACCCAAUCCGCAGGAUCGAGCUUGCGUAAUGCAACUUCUGCCUUUCCAAGCAGGAGUCCGCUGUACCCUCCUGUCCUGCCCUUACCUGCUCCGCCGCCGCCACCGCCUCCAAUACAGGCUCCCCGACCGCCAACACUCUUCAACAAGACUAUUGAAACGAACGAACUCCUGAGUGUUCCAGCUCUCCGGCUGUAUACCAACUUUAUGGACGAACUUUACAACUUUGUCGCACGACAAGCGGAGGUAGUAGUAACUCGGCUUGCCGUUCAAGAAAGGCGCAUGGAGCUGCAUAGACUAAGAGAGCAUGUAUCAAGAUGCGAUAUGAUCCUCUUCGAUCGUAUGCGCGAGCAAAGAAAUGGAAAUCUUCCCUUCAACGAGGACGCCAUGGUCAACUUAUUCGAGGCAUCACAGGCGGCGAGGGACGAGAUCGGGCCUGUUGAAUCAGAGUAUGAGCCUCUUGAGAUCAUGCUCGGAUCAAAAGAACAACAUCUAGUGGAUAUGUACUCAAAGCUAGAGAAGACUUUCGGGCACUUCUUCAGACUUGACACAACCCCGUCCACGAAGCCUACCGAACCGUCUGAGAUCGAAUACGAGUCUUCUUCCAUCGCAUCCCUAGCCGAAGAAUUUACGUCUUUUCACGACAUUGAGCAUCUCCAUGGCGCAAUCGUUGGAGAAACCGUCAAUAUCGCCCAACUGCCAAGACUUGCAGGACUGGACAGCAAAUUACCAGAGCUCGUUAUUGCUCACCGAGAGACAUCGUUGAUAGAAUUAGCCGGCCUCCAUACGGCCCGUAACGUUCGUUCUGCCGAAGAGUAUUCCAAGCUUGAUUUAGGGGAUACGCUCAACUACAUCGGAAAAUGGAUUACAGAUAGUUUGAAUGAGCUUGAGAUCGGUACCAGGUUUCAAAAGGACGUUACAGAUCAACUUGCAUCUGAUGAGAGUAACUAUAUCAACAUACCCGGUGCGUUACAAGACUCCAUGACUGAGUUGCCAGUCAAUCGAGGUUUGGAGGAAGGCAAUCCCUUGCUUUUACACGACGAGAGCAUUGAAACUCGGAGAAUUCUGAGCGAGUAUCUGAUGGAAUUUGACAGUACGCCGGAUCGGGUCAAUCGCUGGAUGCUGCACCAGCUCCGCAUUUCGCCACACGAGACUUACGCUCUCUAUAGAUGUAGUGCUGUAAGCACGGAACAGCCGUUGCACUGGGCUACAUCAGUACUGAAAAUGUGGCCACAUGACAAUUUUGGACAGGUCGAUCCAUAUGGGCAAGGGUCAGUAGAGCUCGAAGAGAGUGUUAAUGAUCCUCAGCGUCUCGGCUACCAUGGAGCUUGUCUUCCGGGAUGUCGCUCUCUGGAUGCAUGGCCCGCUAACGACAUGUGGUUGGAAUCCGAGUCGUCCUUCGACUCGAGAACGGAGGCUGCCCAAAAUUGACCGACGCAGAUGCAAUCACAAACCUUUUCGAAAAUAGUACACGAGCUGGAUUUUAUUCAUGGUCAGAUUCUUACAUAUCGAUAGUCGCUACGUCCAAUGUACGUUUAGCGGAUACUUUGAUUAUUCAAGCAUAAUUUUGGGAUUGCGUGAUUCUCAGUCGGCAGAUCUGGUCAUUGCGCGAAGCACUUUCAUCACGAGCCUUCCCAUAGGAAAUAGUCUAGCUUCCAGUAGGCAUAUAACAUUACGAAUUCCGUCAUUUGUGGCUAUCCUUUUGACGGGCUUUUGAGGCUACUGAAGCCAUGAGUCGCUCGUCUCGCUCCGCGGGAGUGCGGGAUUGACAGCAAUCUAGAGACUGGCACGUAUAUGGGUGCGAGUCA